CCCAAAAACCUACCGCUGCUCUCACUCAGGUUCGUGUAUAUAAAGUCCCCUCCGCAAGUAACAUUCUUCAAACCAUCUCGCAUAUAUCUCUCUAUUGCACAUAUAGCUUAAACUAAAAAGCACACAAUAAUCAUUUAAUUACCAAUAUGUCUUGUAGGGAUGUUGAACCACUUGUUGUUGCAAGAGUGAUAGGAGAAGUAGUCGACAGUUUCAACCCAAGUGUAAAAAUGAAUGUGAUAUACUAUUACAAUGGAAACAAGCAAGUGUUUAAUGGGCAUGAGCUCAUGCCUCCUGUCAUUGCUGCUAAACCUCGUGUCGAAAUUGCUGGCGAAGACAUGAGAUCUGCUUACACACUCAUCAUGACCGACCCAGAUGUUCCAGGUCCUAGUGACCCUUACUUGAGGGAACACCUCCACUGGAUUGUGACAGAUAUUCCUGGUUCUACUGAUGCCUCUUUUGGAAAAGAGAUAGUGAGCUAUGAGAGCCCGAAGCCAGUGAUCGGAAUUCACCGAUAUGUGUUCGUAUUGUAUAAGCAAAUUAGAGGACGGCAAACAGUGAAACCACCAGCAACAAGGGACCAUUUCAACACUCGAAGGUUUGCUGCAGAGAAUGGAUUGGGUUCCCCUGUUGCCGCUGUCUACUUCAAUGCCCAGAGAGAAACUGCUGCUAGAAGAAGAUGAACCAACUCUAUCAACAUCAAGAAAUAAAAAUAUUUAUCCUAAUAAAAUAAAGUGAUCUAAAUAAGGUUUGCACUAUGUUGUGAACCAAACUGAUUACAUAUGGGCUGAAAGAAGUGCAUAAGACAGAUUCAGUUGGGAUUAUAGGGCCGGUUGAAAUGUUGGGGGGUUAUUUGAGAUCCAUACCCAAUCAUCAAUUGGUUAAUUAUGAUUUGAGAAUAGAUAGAACGGUUUAUGCUUAUUGUUAAUCAAAUGUUUGAAUGUCUUCGUCUCCUUCUUGGUUCUACUUCUCAUCCCUUCUUUGAUUCUCUUCUUACUUAGUUUUUGCAUAUUGUAUCUCUGUUAAUGUUGUCUUGCUUAUUUGGAUUGUAAUCAUUGGCUAUCACUAUCAAUAUAAUCUGUAUUUUCUAGUUGCUAAACACUAUGCAGAACGAACCUGAUUAUAUUGUAUGAUCAGUUAUGUACAAAAAACAUUUUGCU